AUGUACUACCUGAUGCAGAGGAGGUUUGCGGGGUCCCAGUACCACCGGCUGGCGGUGCAGCAGCUGCAGGACUGUCCUCCGGCCCUGGCCGCCCUGGGAGCUCCGCCCCUGACCGUCCACAACAUCCACCUGUCUGACAGGACCAACCGCAUGGACCAGCACUCGGCCCAGGUGAAGAUUCCGGUGACGGGACCGAAGUCGGGCGGAUACCUGUACGCCUUCGCUGUGAGGGACGGAGAGACGGGGGGGUGGAGGCUGCAGCAGGCCGUGCUGGCGCUCCGGCAGGGCCAGAACCUGGACCUGCUGGACCCCCAGACCCGGGCCGGGGGGGCCUUAGACCUGCUGGACCCGUAGACCCGGGCUGGGGGGGCC